ACGUUGUUCAACUUGCGCAACACACUCUUGUAAUUAUUUAUUUUUGGGUAAAAUGUCCAAGAAAAAGAUUAAAAAAAAAAAAAAAGACUUAAGAAAAUGGAAUUUGCGGUUUGUUAAAAGUGAAGGUCAAUUCCACCCGCUCGUGCACCGAUCGUCGUAUGCGUAUGGCUGUUGCUUGUGGGGGAGGGAUUAACGAAAGGAAAAAAAACUGUCUGCAAAAAAGUAUACCAGUUUUUUGCUGUCCAUCAAAACGUGGCAGACGAGUCUUUUGACCGUAUUUUUGAUGGUGGUUGUUGAAGGCAAGCUGGACAUAUGUAAGGGAUUCAUUCUGUCAAAGCUGUUCCGAUUUAUACAGCCAUCCAAACGGAUUCCUGGCUUGUCGAGAAUAACGAAUAAUGCCACCCAAUACACAUCACCACAACAGUAGCGAGAGCACCUCCUUUGACCUCAACGACUCACUCACCAUGAUCCCUAUGGACAUUGAAUCCACCAAAUUCCAACAUACGCCCGAUGCCAUCCCCCUCAUACCUCACUCCACCUCUCCAUCAUCAAGACCGAUCACAACUACCUCUUCCCCAAUAUCACCCUCAUCCACCAGAGCCCAGAAGCGCCUCGCAUUGGGAAUCACCAUCUGCUUCACCUUUUUCCUCAUUGAACUGGCUGGUGGACUCUAUUCCAACUCCCUCGCACUCGUUGCCGACUCGUUCCAUCUCUUGACUGAUGCAGCGGCGUAUACAGUGUCAUUUGUUGCCUUGUGGAUUGCAAGAAAGAGAGCGGGGGGACGAUUUACAUUUGGGUUCAAGAGAGCAGAGGUUUUGGGUGCUUUGAUAUCUGUUCUCCUCAUAUGGGCGCUGGUACUCGCCCUCCUAAAAGAAGCAACCGAAAGAGUUCUCGGGGACCCCGAACCCAUCAAUGCAACCAUGAUGCUUCCAUUGGCGAUCGCUGGUCUCGUCGUCAACAUCAUAUUGAUUAACGUGUUUGGGCUCGAUGAUCACCACCACCAUCACUCAAAGGAAUCCAAAACCGACUCGCCAAACAUUAACCUCCGCGCUGCGAUUCUCCACGCCAUGGGCGAUUUGGUCUGCUCCAUUGGUGUGGUGUUAUCCUCGAUAGCGAUCAUACUGAAACCAAGUUGGCAAAUCCUUGACCCAAUUUGUACAUUUCUCUUCUCUUUUGUCGUCCUUUUCACGACAUUCCGAAUCAUCCGCGACAUUGUUCUUGUUUUCAUGGAAGCAACUCCAGCCCAUGUCUCCCCAGUCCUCCCAGAAUCUCUCCACAAUCUCCCACACAUAAAAUCCAUACACGCCACCCGCAUAUGGUGUCUAACAACAGAGUACCCAAUAUGCACCGCUCACAUUGUCGUCUACGACAAAACGGACGCGGAAACCCGGGAUUUGGUCCUAAAAGAAGCAGGGAGAAUUGUUCAGGAGGCAGGGAUAAAGGAAUGGACAUUCCAGAUAGAGAGUGAAAGUGAGGGGCAGAUCUGCGUGCGCGAUGAGGAUAUUGUGUAAGAUACAUGGUAGACCAGAACAAAAGACAAAAACCUUUUAUCAACCAAGUCUAUAUAGCUGUUAAAAAUGACCUGAUGCGAGUCUAUAUUCAAAAAACCUCAAAUAAUAAUGCUUCAUACUUUCCCA